AAGAAUGCUGGAAGAUCUGUAGUAAUCUCGCAGGAAAUCACCACGUUCCAAAUGCUUACUUGAGCCAGUCGAUCAGGAGCUUAGUGACCAUCCACCUUGGGCCAAGACUUCUUGUUGCUCUGGCUGCCUACCCGCCUUCGACUGUUCUCAUUUGAAGGGGCAGGCGAACAAGCUUAGGCACCGUCUCACGGCCAGACCAAGCUGAAGGCCUAGUCUUUGACUGAACAGGUAUUGUGUCCCACAACGACAAGCUAUACUUCUCCCACCAUGUUCGCCGUCCCCCACACACCUCCAGCUUCACGGACCAUGAGCCAUUGUCUGGACGAGGAGGAGUUUAGUGCUUCUCCUCUCGCUCAAACCGAGGCCUCUCCAUUGCCUUACUCAAAGGUUAUAAACGACCCUAUUCAUGGCCACGUCGAACUUGAUGAGUAUUGUAUGCAAGUCGUUGAUACGAUACAGUUUCAAAGACUAAGGGACCUAAAGCAACUGGGAAGCGCUUAUUUCGUUUUCCCUGGAGCCUCCCACAACCGCUUCGAGCAUUCUAUCGGAGUCUGCUAUAUGGCAGGCGUUCUUGUCGAGCACUUGCGCAAGUCUCAACCCGAACUGGGAAUAACGGACAAUGACGUCAAAUGCGUGAAGCUGGCCGGUCUUUGUCACGAUUUGGGCCAUGGGCCCUUUUCCCACAUUUUUGACAAUGAGUUCAUGAAGCAGGCGAGGCCAGAAUUGGAGUGGACUCAUGAGCAAGCCUCGGAGGAUAUGUUGGAAUAUCUCGUCGAAGAUAAUGAUCAUGUAGAAAUUAAUGAAGAUGAGAUGCGGUUUAUCAAAGAUCUCAUUCAUGGAGCACCUCGCAGCGAUUAUCCUCAGGCGCACAAGCUCUUCCUGUUUGAUAUUGUUGCCAAUAAACGCAACUCGGUUGAUGUUGACAAGUUCGACUACAUUCAACGGGACUGCCACAAUGUUGGCAUCAAGACCAGUUUGGAUGCGAUGCGGCUUAUAGCAUUUGCCCGUGUCAUCAAUAAUCAGAUAUGCUUUAACCAGAAGGAAGCGUUCAACUUAUACGAGAUGUUCCACACAAGAUUUUCUCUUUUCAAGAGAAUAUAUACCCAUAGAGUAGGAAAGGCGACCGAAUACAUGAUUACGGAAGCCUUAUUGGCGGCGGACAAAUAUCUUGGCAUAUCGUCUUCGGUUGACGAUAUGAGGCGCUAUGUAUAUGUCACUGAUAGCGUAAUAAUGGAAAUCGAACGGAGCUCUGCACCUGAGCUCGAAAAGGCACGCUCUAUUAUAAAACGGAUUCGGAAGCGAGACCUGUACAGGUUCGUUGAUUAUGUUCUGGUACCGCUACACGCAUCGAUAGAAGCGAAAGAGAAAAUUACACCUCAAGCCAUAGUGGAAUGCCAAGGAUCGGAUGACAAUCUCACCGAUUCGGACGUAAUUGUUGAAUGGCUGAAGUUGGGGUAUGCCAUGAAAGACCGCAAUCCUGUAGAUUUGAUUCGCUUCUUUUCGAAGUGGCAUCCCGAUGUGUCGUUUCCUAUCAAGAAGGAACAUGUCUCUAGUUUCAUCCCGACGGACUUUGAGGAGAUAACGCUCAGGAUCUAUGCGAGGGACAACGACCAGCGGCAAAAGAUACAGAAAGCUUUCAGGAGACUAAUACGCCGCCUGAACCAUGUUGGUGAAUUGGGAGUGCUGGAAACUGAGAACGGAAUAUAUGGACGUGAGAGUAGUGAAGAAGAAUGUCGGGAAGAAGAAGGGGGCCACAUUCGUCGAUUGUUCGAGAACGUAUUAGAUGCACCAGAAACGUGGGCUCCGUUAGGCCCAAGCCCUGAGAGAUCCUCGCUAAGAAGUUUCGGUUCAAGUGUCGGUGUGGGAGGCGGUUCAGCUCAAACGAGUCCCGUUAAACCGCUUUUCGAGCCCAGCGAAGGGACACUCUUGCCGCCAAACUAUACUGAAAUAUCUAGUCCCGCCAGAAAAAGACCAACCGGCAAUAUGGAGACGGAGAAUGGAAAUGCUUCGUCGAAACGUCCGCGGACUGCAUAGAAAUGAGUGGAUUCUGAGGCGCCUAUCAUCAAUUCAGAAGAAGAUUUACAUUUAUACAUAUCUGACGCUAUUGCUGUCAACCUUUUGUAUGCAGCAAAUAUAUCACGAUAGAUUUUUUUUAUGUCACAGCAUGUUUUGUGAAUGUAUCUGCAAGGAGCUAGCGAAUACUUCGCGUAUAUACAG